AUGGCAACAGGGGUACUGUGCGACAAGAAACUCCCUGUUCGACUGAAGUCGAAGAUCUACAGGACGGUUGUGCGUCCUAUUGCCCUUUACGGAUGCUGGCCGACGAAGAAAGCCUUGGAAAGAGUGCUGCACGCUAUGGAGAUGCGGAUGUUAAGGUGGACAAUAGGUGUAACGCUAAAAGAGAAAGUAUCCAACGACACUGUGCGCUCCAUCUUCGGCGUUGUCCCGAUAACUGAGAAGAUGAAGGAGACCCUACUGAAAUGGUUCGGUCACGUCUUGCGGCGAGAGGAAGAUUCUGUGGCCCAAACCGCACUGAAGCUCGACGUUUCAGGAGUGAGGCCGCGUGGGAGGCCAAAGAUUCGCUGGUUAGACCGUGUGAAGCUGGAUAUGAUAGAUGCACGUUUGUGUACGGCUGAUGCAAUGGAUAGAACCAAAUGGAAGACAAGAAGCAGAAAAGCGGACCCUGCAACAACGCGGGACAAACGCUAG